CCAGUCACAACUUCCAACUUUCAGGCUCCAGCACUAAUCAAUCAUCUAUCUAGAGAGAGAAAGAUGUCGGAUUGGGCACCAGUGUUCGUGGCCCUCGCGCUGUUCGUGCUGUUAACGCCGGGUCUGCUAUGCCAGAUGCCGGGGAGGACCAGGUUCGUUGAGUUCGGCAACUUACAGACCAGUGGGACAUCGAUUCUUGUUCACUCCAUUCUUUACUUUGCUUUCAUCUGUAUCUUCUUGCUUGCUUUUCGACUUCACGUCUACCUUGGUAUCGCACUUCUCUCUCUUUGUUUCUUUCUUUCUGGAAGAAGAUCGAAAAUGGCGGAUUGGGCACCGAUUUUGGUAGGGGUGCUGUUAUUUGUGCUGCUCUCACCGGGUCUUCUCUUUCAGCUACCGGGGCAUAGCCGCCAUGUGGAGUUCGGGAGCUUCAAGACCAAUGGCAAAGCCGUCGUCGUCCAUACUAUCAUCUUCUUUGCUAUCUUCACCAUCCUCAUCCUUGCGGUCGGCGUCCACAUCUACACUGGCUGAGACGAUCUGAUUCGAUCUGAUCUGGUAAAACUUUUUUUUUUUUUUUUAAACAGAACCUAAUUCCUCAUGCUGUAUUUGUAAUCUGUACAAGGGUUUAGGGUAUCUUCCCUUAUUUAAUUUCUUUUUGUCUGUGAAAUCAAUUCGUCCCUUGUUACUAUUGGUUUUGUGCGUCAAGGAACGAAUCUAUCGGGAAAUCAUCAUUGCUUAUUUCGCCA